UUUUUCUUGAUAAAUAAGAACGUGAAAGAUGUCGAGCAAAGAAUAUGACAGUGAGAUGGAUUAUUCCGACUCAGACUGUGGAGAUCCAGGCUAUGAAGAUUAUUAUAAUGUUCAGCCAUGGGGUGGUGAGGUUGACAAUGACAUAGAUCCUGAUCAAAACAGAAGAGAUCCAGAAUAUGCUGUAUAUGAUUGUUUACGGGUUGAAGAAGUGGAAAGACUUUUGAAUGAAAAUGUUGAAGUGUUAAGUAAUAGUCUACACAUAACACCAUCAUUAGCCAAAGUUUUAUUACAUGCGCACAAUUGGGCAUUACAAGAUAUCAUCACAAAGUACCGUAUCAAUGCUUCCAGUUUAUUAAUUAAUUCAAAGAUAAAACCAAUACCUCCAUUAGAUUCAGUGCCAGGAUUAAAGGGUCAAAGGGGUGGAGUGUGUUCAGUAUGUGUUACAAUUUAUCCAGCUGAUAGAUUUUCUACAUUAACGUGUGGACAUUCUUUUUGUAAAGACUGUUGGUGCAUGCAUUUUGAAGUACAAAUAACCCAAGGUAUUUCUACAGGAAUAAGUUGUAUGGCCCGGGAGUGUGAUGUCUUAGCUCCAGAAGACUUUGUUUUAUCCUUACUCACCAAGCCUAACAUGAGGGAAAGAUAUCAGCAGUUUGCUUUCUGUGAUUAUGUCAAAUCUCAUCCACUACUAAGAUUCUGUCCUGGACCUAACUGUCAAAUAGUUAUGCGUUCUAAGGAACAACGGGCGAAAAGAGUUAUAUGUACAACUUGUAAAACUAUAUUUUGCUUCCGAUGUGGUAUGGAUUAUCAUGCACCUACUGACUGCAAUACAAUUAGGAAAUGGUUGACAAAGUGUGCAGAUGACUCAGAGACAGCUAAUUACAUUAGUGCUCACACCAAAGAUUGUCCAAAAUGUCACAUUUGCAUAGAGAAAAAUGGUGGUUGCAAUCAUAUGCAAUGUUAUAACUGUAAGCAUGACUUCUGUUGGAUGUGCCUUGGAGAUUGGAAAGCGCAUGGAACUGAAUACUAUGAGUGUUCUCGUUACAAAGAAAAUCCUAACAUUGCUCAUGAAAGUGUUCACGCACAGGCGCGAGAAGCUCUUAAAAAGUAUUUGCAUUAUUAUGAAAGGUGGGAAAAUCAUAGUAAAUCAUUGAAAUUGGAAGAGCAAACUCUGGAGGGUAUAAAAAUGCGGAUAAAUAAAAAAGUAAUGAAUUCAAGUGGAACAUGGAUUGACUGGCAGCAUUUGUUUGAAGCUGCGUCAUUAUUAGCACGUUGCCGUUAUACUUUACAGUACACUUACCCUUACGCUUAUUAUAUGGAGCCUGGGCCGCGUAAAGAAUUGUUUGAAUAUCAGCAAGCUCAGUUGGAGGCGGAAAUAGAAAAUCUGUCUUGGAAAAUAGAGCGAGCGGAGACGACGGAUCGCGGAGAUCUAGAAAAUCAGAUGGAUAUCGCUGAGAAACGUCGUGUUACUUUGCUGAAGGAUUUUCUCGAGUCGAGCCAAACGUGUAAAGCAACUAUAGUUUAGUUUUUGAAACGACUACCCAUAUAUUCCAAGAAACAAUAUUUUCUAUAUAGUACAUGCUAGGUAACUAUUCGCCGUUAAGAGGACAGGACACAGAACA